AUGGAAAACAGCAUUGGACAAUUGCCAACCAUGGACACAGAUUAUGACCAAUAUGCCGCCUUCUUGAGCCUUCUCAACAUGAAUGUGACGUAUGACCCAAACUAUGUGGUUAGUCAUGAUGUCAAAGUCUGUAAUAAGUCAAAAGUCAAUAAUUUUGGCUCAGCAUUCAACCCAAUUUUCUAUUAUGUCAAUUUCCUCCUGAGUUACCUUGGUAAUGGGCUCGUCCUAUACAUCAUCUACAAGUAUGAGAAGCUCAACACGGUGACAAACAUUUUCCUGCUCAAUCUGGUCCUCUCCAACAUCCUUUUUGCCACCAGUCUCCCAUUUUGGGCAACAUAUCAUCAGUCUGAAUGGAUUUUUGGAAACGUUUUGUGUAAGAUGGUCAGCAGCGCCUACUUCAUUGGUUUCUACAGCUCCAUCCUUUUCCUCACACUCAUGACAUUCGACCGAUACCUUGCAGUGGUGCAUGCAGUGGCAGCUGCCAAGAGCAGAAGGAGAAGCUAUGCCUUCAUUUCUUCUAUAGUGGUUUGGUGCAUCAGUGUCAUAGCCAGCAUGAAAGAGUUGGUUUUCCAGAAUGUGUGGGAAAGUCCUUUUAAUGGACUGGUGUGUGAAGAGACGGGAUAUGCUGAAGCCACGAUGGCAUUUUGGCGUCUAGUCACCUAUUAUCAACAAUUACUACUUUUCUUCCUCCUCCCUCUACUGAUGGUGAUCUACUGCUACAUCUGCAUUACUGUCCGCAUUCUAUCUACCCGAAUGAAGGAAAAAUGCCGUGCCAUCAAGCUCAUAUUCAUCAUCAUCUUUACCUUCUUCAUCUGUUGGACCCCCUACAAUAUCGUCAUCCUCCUUCUUGCCAUAAACAGCCCCAGUCCAGAAGUUAACUGUGCUGACUCAGACAAGCUAGACUAUGCAUUGUUUGUGACCCAGAAUAUUGCCUACCUCUACUGUUGCAUUAGUCCAGUGUUUUACACAUUUCUGGGCAAAAAGUUUCAGAGUUACUUCAAAAGGAUGCUUGCUAAGAGAAUCCCUUGUUUGAGGAGGCACAUAAGUCUCAGCAGCCAGAGCACAAGAACCACAUCACAGAAGACACCACAUUCUGAUUAUGAAUACUAG